GAAUAUCCAUAAGGGAAGUGCAGCAGGAGGUUGGCCUAGCACUCAACCGAGGGGCGUUGUGACACACUUACCGGUUUUUUUUUAAAAAUAUAUCUCUGGAGAAGCACGCGAUCGAUUUUUAGGCGAGCACCAUGGCCACCGAUUCGGGUUUUGGACAGCAUGGUGGCUCACAGAGUUAUGGCUCAUUCGGCGGACAGCAGAGUGGACAGAGUUAUGGUCAAGGCCAAGGAAAUGGUGCAGGUUCCUAUGGGGGCCAAAGCUAUAGUGGUUAUGGUGGACAGCAAUCUGGAACACAAGAGGGAUAUGGCCAGUCUCAGGGAGGCUAUGGGCAGCAACAGGGCUAUGAUAAUUAUGGACAGGAGUCAUCUGGUGAGAAGCCAUAUGGACAACAGGCGUCAUAUGGUAGUCAAGGACAAAGUGGAGAUAGCUUUGGCCAACAAGGAUCAUACGGUGGCCAGGGACAAAGUGGUGGAGGCGGUGGUGGUUAUGGAAGAUGGAGUGAAGGGGACAGUGGCGGACAGGGUGGCAGGUAUGGCCGUGACCAAGGAGACCGGUCCGAAGGAGGCGGCGGUUACAGAGGCCGGGGUCGUGGUGGCUACGACCGUGGCGGCUAUGACCGAGGUGGCUAUGACCGUGGCGGUUAUGACCGCAGUGGUGGCUAUGACCGUGGUGGCUAUGACCGUGGUGGAAGAGGAGGACAUCCUGGUAUGGGAGGUGGUGACCGUGGUGGCUUCAAAAAUUUCGGUGGCUCUCGAGACUAUGGCUCACGGGAUGACUCUGGUGGGGAUCAGGACAACUCUGACAACAACACCAUUUUUGUCCAAGGCCUGGGAGAAGAGGCCACAGUUCAGGAAGUGGGCGACUACUUCAAGCAAAUUGGCAUUAUUAAGGUGAACAAGAAGACUGGUCAGCCAAUGAUCAACCUCUACUCUGACAAGGCCACUGGCCGGCCCAAGGGCGAAGCCACGGUGUCUUUUGAUGACCCGCCUUCUGCCAAAGCUGCCAUUGACUGGUUUGACGGCAAAGAAUUCAAUGGCAAACCCAUCAAAGUGUCAUUCGCCACCCGCAGAGCUGAGUUCACACAGCGUGGCGGAGGACGAGGUGGUGGAAGAGGAGGUUUCAGAGGUCGCGGAGGUGGCGGUCCUAACUUUGACAUGAAGGGCGGAGACUGGCCUUGCCCCAACAGCUCCUGCGGCAACAUGAAUUUCGCACGGCGACAAGAGUGUAACAAGUGCGGUGCCCCCAAACCUGGAGAUGCAGGAGGAUUUGGAGAUCGUGGAGGCAGAGGUGGUUAUGGCGGCGACAGAGGGGGUGGAUUCCGCGGCCGCGGAGGAUUCCGUGGCGGCGACCGUGGCGGCUAUGGUGGUGAUCGUGGUGGUGGAUAUGGAGGGGGAUACAAAAUGGGAGGAAGAGGUGACCGGAGGGAUGACAGAAGAGAGCGGCCAUAUUAAAAGUGUAGAGCAGAUGGGCAUCACUACAGCCACAGAGUCCCCCAUAGACAGAGAUUUGUCAAAGUGGGAUAAAACAGACAUUUUUGACUUGUCCCCAUUUUUCAUCAACUGCUGCAAGUCAAGAAUAUUAUUCACUAUAUGUGAGACAGUUUGUACUAUGACAAGGACUCACUGGCUGUGGCAUGUGCUCAAAUGAAUUUGUUUCAUUUAUUUGUACAUCUUUUAAUUUUCUGUCCUGGUUGCAGAUGUGUGGUAGACUUCAUACCAUUGUUUUGUAUGAACGGAAUAAAAUGUUUUACUUUGUUUCUCUUCCCCCAACAAAUAUUAAACUGUGAUCUUUCGUUUUGUGUUAUGUA